AUGGCUCCUUCUACUACUGAGGAUCUCGUCCCCGAGCCCGUCGCCGCCAAGGAGACCACCCUCCCUGAGCGCCCUGGUACCGCCCUCAACACCGCCGAGCUCCAAGAGCUUGCCUUCACCGACAAGUACAGCGCCCCCGAUGUCUACAUCAACGAAAAGACCGAUACUCUCUGGUUCCCUUGGAUCGGACCCAUUGAGCUGAAGCCCCUUCGCAUGGAGAACAGAACAGGUACCUUUGUCGUCGGUCUGCGAUCAAAGGUUGCUGCCAGCCUGGGCAGGCACCGACACCGAGGUACGGUUACAGCCAUCACCAUGUCUGGUGAAUGGGGAUACAAAGAAUACGACUGGGUUGCCCGUCCUGGCGAUUGGGUUUGCGAGAACCCUGGCGUCAUCCACACCCUGUCUGUCGAGGACAACACUGAUAUUGUCUUCACUAUUUCCGGCACCAUCGAGUUCCUUAACGACGAUGAUAGUUUGAAGUUCACCCUCGAUAUCUUUAGCUUCGCCAAGAUGUACUACGACUACUGCAAGGAGAAGGGUAUCAAGCCCAACGAUGCUCUCUGGCACUAG